AGAUUCGGCGAGAAUGCGCGUCUCCUAGUCAAAUGGCGGGCCGGAAUCCCCAUGUCCACAGCUCACUGGAACUCUGCUUCGAGCCUCCGAUCCCCGCCUAGCAAGCUACGACCUCAAGAGAGUAGGAGGCCGCCGCGCGGAGCCGCUGACCAAUGGACUCCGCGGCCGCGCCGCCGUGCCACGUCCUGGCCGUGCCGUACCCUGGCCGCGGCCACAUCAACGCGAUGCUGAACCUGUGCCGCCUCCUCGCCGCCCGGGGCCGCGUCUCCGCCACCGUCGUCGUCACCGAGGAGUGGCUCGGCCUGCUCGGUAGCGAGCCCGCGACGUCGGGCGUCCGCCUGGAGGCCAUCCCCAACGUCGUCCCCUCCGAGCACGGCCGCGCCGCCGACAUGGUCGGGUUCGUCGAGGCCGUGUACACCCGGAUGGAGGCUCCCUUCGAGCGCCUCCUCGACCGGCUCGGGGCCGCGCCCGCGGCCAUCGUCGCCGACACGUUCGUGCCCUGGACGGUGCGCGUCGGCGACCGGAGGGGCGUCCCGGUGUGCGUCCUCUCGCCGCUCAGCGCCACCAUGUUCUCAGUGCAGUACCACUUCGACCGCCUUCCCGUGGCCUCCGGUGGCACCGCUCCUCCGGUGUCUGACAACUCAGAUGGCAAUGAUUCUUGUCUGAUUGAGAAGUACAUUCCUGGCCUCAAAUCUGUCAGGCUAACCGACCUUGAGCCCACACACUCCAACAAGAUAGUGCUGAACCAGAUCGUGGAAGCAUAUCGUCAUGUCAGAAAAGCACAGUGUGUCAUCUUCACCUCCUUCUACGAGCUCGAGAGCGAUGCCAUUGGCUCCCUAAGGCGAGAGCUCCCCUGCCCUGUGUUUGCCGUUGGCCCUUGCAUCCCCUUCAUGGAACUCCAGGAGAACAAUGCCAUUUCAGAAGAAGAGCAAGGCUACAUGGCUUGGCUGGAUGCGCAGCCGGUGAACUCAGUGUUGUAUGUAUCACUCGGCAGCUACCUCUCGGUGUCGUCCGCUCAGCUCGACGAGAUCGCCAUGGGCCUGGCCCAGAGCAAGGUCAAGUUCCUGUGGGUGCUCCGCAACGCGGGCUCCCACAUGCAGGAAUUGGUCGGUGGAAGCGACGGUGUGGUCAUCCAGUGGUGUGACCAGCUCAAGGUGUUGUGCCAUCCUUCCGUUGGUGGAUUCUUCACCCACUGCGGCAUGAACUCGACGCUCGAGGGGCUGUACGCCGGCGUGCCGAUGCUGACUCUCCCGAUAGCUUUCGACCAGCCGAUAAAUAGCCGGCUUAUCGUCGACGAGUGGAAGGUUGGGUACGGCCUGAAGGAGAAGAUCCGAGACGAUGGCAUCAUCGGAAGAGAGGAGAUUGCUGAAGGUGUUAAGACGCUCAUGAAUUGUGAUGACGUAGAGGGCACGAGGAGGAGGGCUUCACUGAUGAAACAAGCUUCUCGCGCCGCGGUUGAAGUGGGUGGUUCAUCGGACAGCGAUAUCACGUCUUUGAUCAAUUACAUUUCACAGUUCAGUGACUGAAAUGGUGUUAGAAACUGCGAAAUAAAAGUAGGAUGUUCAUUUGAGCAAUGUAUUGACUGUAGCUACAUCUACAUUUGAGAGUGAACUCAAUUUUCUCCUGAAAAGGAGGAGAGAUGUAAUUGUCUGUAGCUACAUCUACAUUUGAGAAUGAACUCAAUCAGUAUUC